AUGCGGAAGGACAUCGCUGUCCUCUGCUCUCACUGUCAAGAAUGCAACUCCUAUUGCACAUCCCUUUUCCCGUCAUCUUCUUUGCCACACAAAUGUGACGUGAUCUCUCAUCCAUCCUCCCUUCCUACACCUCCCAUCCCUGAAUUGUGCCGAGAUGCUCCCAAAUAUACAUGCCCUACCAGUGCGUCUACACUGCUCACCACUCUGAAUCCACCCCUGGAAAUUUCUUCUGAACCUCUCUCGCAAUGUGUGCUUGACCUACCCAGUCCACCUCCAUCUCCUCCGCCUCCUCCGCAGUUAGCAAAAGAUAAAUCGCCUGAUCAUCAAAAACCACUCUCAUCCCCAUCCCCUUAUAUCCUCUAUCCUCGAUAUGUGCCCUCCCCAUUCCCGACCCAUCACAUGCCUACAGACCCUCCUGUUUCUUCCCCCUCUUUGACUUCUCCAUCACCGACUCCGUCGCAUGAUGCCCAUGCUCGUAAUCAUGCUCCUCAUGUGCAGACUCGUAGUGGUCGCAAGAUAAAGCCGCCAAAUUUUUAUGGCUUCUAA